ACAAUCGGUGUGUGGUCUCCCACACUUGUUUCUUCACUCUCUAUUUUCCCCCAAAUCGAAUGCUCCCCUAAUUUCAGACUUUCCAAUUUCCUCUGCAAAUUCCCAAUCCGACAGCAGAAACACCACCCAUUUCCGAGGAAGACGAAGAAGAAGAUGGUUUUAGGGAGAUCAAUCUGCACCGUCGGUUUCUGGAUCAGGGAAACCGGCCAAGCCCUCGAUCGCCUCGGCUGCCGCCUCCAGGGAAAUUACUUUUUCCAAGAACAGCUGUCAAGGCAUAGGACACUAAUGAACUUAUUCGACAAAGCCCCUUUUGUUCAAAAGGAUGUCUUUGUGGCCCCUAGUGCGUCCAUCAUUGGCGAUGUUCAUGUUGGAAGUAAUUCCUCCAUCUGGUAUGGAUGCGUUGUAAGAGGUGAUGUUAACAAAGUCAGUAUCGGAAGUGGAACCAAUAUACAAGACAAUUCUCUUGUUCAUGUAGCCAAAUCUAAUCUAUAUGGGAAGGUCUUGCCUACACUUAUCGGCGACAAUGUUACUGUAGGUCAUAGUGCUAUCUUGCAUGGAUGCACUGUAGAAGAUGAGGCAUUUGUUGGUAUGGGUGCAACUUUGCUCGAUGGGGUGGUCGUUGAGAAACAUGCAAUGGUUGCUGCUGGAGCUCUUGUCAGACAGAAUACAAGAAUACCCUCUGGGGAGAUAUGGGGAGGAAAUCCAGCGAAAUUCCUGAGGAAGCUAACAGACGAUGAAAUUGCGUUCAUAGCUCAAUCAGCCAUCAAUUAUUCAAAGCUAGCACAAGCACAUGCCGCUGAGAAUGCUAAGGAACUCGAAAAGAUAGAGUUUGAAAAGGUACUCCACAAGAAACUUCAUCAGGAUGCAGAGUACGAUUUAACGUUGGCAGUUGUUCGCGAGGCAACACCAGAGCUUAUCAAAGCUCCAAGCGCUUCCUAAUAUGCAACAUAUUCAAACUUAUUUUUGUCGUGUUUUUUCCCGUGGAUUCUUAGAUAAAUCCGUGAGUUUCAGUUUCAAUAAGUUCUGGGGCCAGGCAAGUUCGAAGGAUCAAUCCCGGUAAACAUUAUUGUUUCUAUGCGUAGCGUUUCCAUCUCUGAUUAUUGAAAUGCUAUAACGUCUACUUAUUUGUUUUCGUCGAUUUCUGUUUCUACUUAAAUGGAUGCUUUUUCAUUUGUUCUCUA